CACUUGUAUCAAACUCCUAAAUGUUGAUGGCAUCAUGGCACAACCUCAAGAAAAAAAUGAGUUACAGCUUUCAUCAAUAUCUGAAAACGCAAAUGUAAAAUAUGCUGAGUUGAUGAAAAGUCUGUGUAAUCUUGCUGCUGAAUGCAGAAUAUUAAUUGUGGAUGCAGAAAUUCACAUAAAUAACAUUAAAGAACAAGCCCAAGAUGACAGUAGAGCUAUUGAAAAUUUAAAGCAAGCGUUCAUCAACAGUUGUAAUGUUUCUUGGCAAUUGAAUGAGAUUAAGAGUUCUGUAAUGGAGUCAUUGCAAGAAUCAGAAACAUUGUGUAAAAGAUACCAUGAGAUCAUUAAAAACUUCAAUGAAUAUUGUGGUCAAGCAAAAGCUGAAUGUAUAAGGAAAGCUGGUAUAGCAGGAAAGGGUAUGAUUCCUGUUGCCAUUCAAAAAGUGUUUCAAGAACAUGCAAAAAAAUUUAAUGUGUUACUUGGAAAAUUAAGGGAAAUUGAUGAAGUCUUGCUUAAACAUUACAAAGUGAUAAAACAAAAUAAUUAUCUGCUUGGAAAACUUAAGAAGUUGUCAGAAACACUUUGGGCUAGGUCCAAUCUUUUUGAUGAGCAAGAACCUGAAGAGAGGGAUAAGAUGAACAAUGAGUUUAUCCAGGAAAAGUUUAACAGACUUAAAAAAGCAUACAAUGACUUAAAGAAAAAUUGUGACAAUGUCUUGAGUCAAAUUGAUCCUUAUGCAGGAGACAUUUGUUAUUUUUUUGCUUAAUCACAAUGCACAGUAUGUUGAUAUUUAAGUGAUGAAUAUGGAAAACAUAAUGCUAGAUUCUGCUUGUUGUAAUGUAGCAUAAUAAAUUCAUUAUUGCAAGGUGUAACUAAUAAGUGAUAUUUACCUACAUCUGUCUGGGGCCCAUGACAUUGUAAAUUGUUUGUAUUAUAGGAAGUGACAUCCUAGUUAAAUAUGCUUCUUACCAUGUUGUUAAUAGUGUACUGCUGGUAAAAACAUUUUGUGAAAGUACACUACUUUUGUAAUAAUAGAAACUUGCAAAUUUAUAUUAAAAAUAUUUCGAUUUGUGUAA